AGAGUUAUUCCAUAGGAAAGCACUGCAAAGUCUUUCAAUUUCCAAGUAAUGGAUAUGCUUGUCUUUCAGUAGAGUUAGCAUGGAUAUGCUUGUCUGACCUUUUCCAAGUAAUGGGUUUUUCAUUUCAGUUCAUUAUAGGAAGUGGUGAAAAUAUGUCUGACUUCACCUUUUCUGAGAAUGUUGCCCAUGCUCAUAUCUGUGCAGCAGAAGCUCUAGAUUCCCGGGUAGUCUCUGUGGCUGGAAAGGUCUUUUUCAUCACAAAUCUUGAACCUAUGCUGUUCUGGGAAUUUGUGUCUCUCAUACUUGAAGGCUUGGGAUUUCAAAGACCAUUCAUAAAAGUUCCUACCAGGAUAUUUUGGUACAUUCUUUUGGUUGUCAAAUGGAUGAAGGAAAAGUUGCACUUCAAAAAUUGUGGUGAUUCUACAUCAGCUCGUUACUUAGUUCAACUAGCCUCUCGCACCAGAACUUUUGACUGCGCUGCAGCUGAAAGGCAUAUUGGAUACUCACAAGUUGUUUCCUUAGAAGAAGUUAUUACAUCAACAGUAGAAUCAUUCACACAUUUAGCCAAAGAUUUUGAGAGAUACAGCUACUAUGAAGGACAAUCAAAAGCAGAGAAGCUGCUUGGAGGAGGGAAAGUUUCUGACAUUUUGCUCUGGAGAGAUGAAAGGAAAACGUUUACAUGCUUUCUUGCUCUGGCUCUGGUGUUUUACUGGUUCUCUCUCUGUGGAAGAACUUUUAUCUCAUCCAUGGCCAGUCUUCUGCUAUGGGUUGCAAUAGUGCUUUGUGGAUAUGGCAUUAUACCGUUGGAGAUAUUGGAUUUAAUCUGGAGGAUACGUUUGCCUAGUGUUGAAAUCUCAGAAACAGUCAUGAGAGAUUCAAUUAGAUCCAUAGCUUAUGAAUGGAAUAGAGGGGCUCGUACUAUAAGGUCAUUGGCCAAGGGAGAGAACUGGAAUACUGUUUUCAAGGUGUCUAGGCAUGUUCCUUGCAUUUUUCAGUUUGUUGGGCAUAUUUCAGCUGGUUGCAGGUUCUCUUUACGCUGUCAAGUUCCUGUUGUCUUACUCGGUGACUGUUCUGACCGGCAUGAUUCUGGUGUUUGCUUUCACUGCAUUCUUCGUUUAUGAGCAAUAUGAAUUCGAAAUCAAUGGAUUGGCAAAAUUUCUCUGCAACAGUAUUAUGGAAUCAAAAGCAUUGUUGGCAAGGAAUCUACCAGCUUCCGUGGCUUCAUAUCUUCAUAACUUCGCAACUCCGCACCAGCCAA